AUGCCUGGACUCAUCUCUUCAACGCAUCAGUUCCUGUGCCCUGCUAGGCCUAGGUUCACAGACAAAGACAUGCCCGAUAUGACAAACAAAGUGGUCAUCGUCACUGGCUCUAACACUGGCCUUGGAAAGGAGAUCGCGCAGAUUCUCUUUUCCAAGAAUGCCAUCGUUUAUAUGAUGGCGCGCUCAGAGUCCAAGACUAUGGAUGCUAUCAAGGCUAUCCGAGAGGUGGUUCCCGGAUCACAAGGUUCCCUUCACUUCAUCCGCCUCGAUCUUUCCGACCUCUCCAGCAUUAAGUCGUCUGUCGAUACCUUCCUUGGCCAAGAAUCCAAGCUUCACGUGCUCUACAACAACGCAGGUGUGGGAUUCCCAGAGAAGGGAUCGAAGACGAAGCAAGGAUACGAGCUCUGUUUUGGUGUCAACUGCCUCGGUCCCUUCCUGCUCACGCGACUCCUCAUGCCCACUCUUGUCUCUACAGCUGAGGGUUCUAUCCCCGGCUCCAUCCGCAUCGUCUGGGUGUCUUCCUCUGCCGCGGAGUCUCUCAGCCCGGAAAACUAUGUGGCACGCAUAUCUCGCCUCGAUGAAAUGAGCCAGCUCGAUCAGUAUAGCUUUAGCAAGCUAGGCAACUACCUGCAGGGUGUUGAGUGUGCAGCCCGCCACAAGGCAGAUAACGUUCUCUCUGUCUCACUCAAUCCUGGUGCAUUAGACAUGUUGCAUCCACCGGUCUUUGGAGCGUAUACAAACUUAUUUGCUGGCUUUUCAUCCGAUGUUACCCUAGACAGGUCGGGAAGCUAUAUUGCUCCAUGGGGUAAGCUCUGGACAGUAUCGAAAAACAUGACAGAUGCCGGAAAGACUCAGGCCGAAGGUGGCACGGCUAUCGCACGAGACUUUUGGGAAUGGACCGAAGCCCAGGUGAAGCCUUAUCUUUCAUAG